AUGGAUCGGUCGAAAACCGACUCUGGUAUUGUGAUCAUCAGCACCAACUCUGCGGGAUCGUUCUUCACUACUACGUCUGAGUUCCCUAACUUGACUAGUUACACGACGACAUGGACGACUACUAAUUCCGACGGUUCGUUCGAAACCGACUCUGGUAUUGUGAUCAUCAGCACCAACUCUGCGGGAUCGUUCUUCACUACUACGUCUGAGUUCCCUAACUUGACUAGUUACACCACGACAUGGACGACUACUAAUUCCGAUGGAUCGUCGAAACCGACUCUGGAGUCGUCAUUGUGA